ACAGUCCCUACAAGUUUGUGAAAGGCGAAAUGCGGAAGUGGCCGACAUGUCACUGUUUAGCCAGUUGUUUACCAGAUUGGUCACCCGGACUUUGACCAGUACCAUGUCUCGGUCAGCUAAACGUACAAAGUUCGCGACUACGUGCAAUAGUCCCAGUAACUUCGAUGUUACAACGACGGGAGCUGCGUUUAAAGUCAAGCGGAACAUGGCUACAGAUUCGGGACAGAGGGAAGAAGUGGACAUGUCAAAGUUUCGUGCUCCAGAUGUCAUAGCGAAGAAACGAGACGGGCAAGUUCUCACUACAGGAGAAAUCCAGUACUUUGUAAAAGGAGUGGUGGAGAAAGAGUUUCAAGACAGCCAGAUCGGUGCCAUGUUGAUGGCCAUCUUCCUGAAUGGGAUGAACAGAGACGAGACCACCACACUGACUCGUGCGAUGAGAGACUCGGGGAGCACGCUCAGCUUUCCCGCGGAGUGGGCGGGGCUCGUCGUGGAUAAACACUCCACGGGAGGGGUCGGAGACAAGAUCAGCCUUCCGCUCGCACCCGCCUUGGCAGCCUGCGGGUUAAAGGUUCCCAUGAUCUCAGGACGAGGCCUGGGCCACACCGGAGGGACUCUGGACAAACUGGAGUCUAUACCGAACUUCUCUGUGGACUGUACCACUGGUGAGAUGGGGGACAUACUGGGAAAGGUUGGGUGCUGUAUUGUUGGCCAGACUGCAGACAUUGUUCCUGCAGACAAAAUCAUGUAUGGCAUCAGGGAUGUCACUGGUACUGUGGAGUCUCUCCCACUCAUCACAGCUUCUAUAGUCUCUAAGAAGGCUUCUGAGGGCCUGUCUGCACUGGUGCUGGAUGUGAAGUAUGGCCAGGCAGCCUUCAUGAAGACCCUGGACAAGGCUAGGGACCUGGCACACAGUAUGGUGUCAGCCAGUGAGGGGCUGGGAGUGAAGACUGUGGCCCUGCUGACCAGAAUGGACAACCCCAUCGGACUGACCAUUGGUAAUGGCCUGGAGGUGUGGGAGAGUCUAUUAUGUCUUCAGGGGGAGGGGCCACAGGAUCUCAAGGAGCUGGUCUGUCAGCUUGGAGGCCAUCUACUGGCUCGUGUGGGUACUGCAGCCACGGCAGCAGAGGGAGCUGAGAGGAUUGCAGAGAAGCUGAGAAAUGGGAAGGCCUUACAGAAGUUCUGUGACAUGAUGGUGGCACAAGGUGUGAAGCAGGAGACAGCAGAGGCACUGUGCUGCCCAGGCACUGAUGUCUUCACCAUCCUGCCCCGGGCUCAACAUGUGGAGGAUCUCUGCUGUCAAAGUAGUGGAUUUAUCCAGUCUAUCGAUGCCCUGGAGUUGGCGCGAGUGUCAGCGGAGCUCGGAGCAGGGCGGUCUAAAGCGGGGGAGGCUGUCAAUCAUGCAGUCGGGCUGCAGCUGCUGAAAACUGUGGGGGCAAAGGUCACAAAAGGGGAUGUUUGGGUCAAGGUUCAUCACCAAGGAGAUUGUGUCUCACCCAAUCACAUCACAAGGCUGCAAAACUCCCUUCUUGUUGGAGGGGAAAGUGUGGAGGUUGGUUCUAGGGUCACGGAGGUCAUUUCUUAGGUGGAAUUUAGAGGAUUUAAGCUGAAACUUCCAAAUGUCACAGUCACAGAAUCACAGUGUAAAAUUGAAUUCCAGUUAACUUAAUAUAUAUACUGGAUGUUAAGUUUAAGGCAUAUGUAUUAAAAUGUCUUAAUAUGAUUUGAAUAACAAAAGAUGGGCUGGUCAAACCAACACCUUACACUGUAAGAGUUAAUAACAAGUUUGCAACAUUACAUGUGUAAUAUAAUAUAUUACAUACAACUGAUCUUGCUGAACUAAAGUAAUGUUUUUUCAAAGUUUUACUUUAUCAAGUGUAUCAAGACCUCUAAUAUGUCUCAUGUUCAUGUUAUAUUUUUACGAUCAGUUUUUUUUAGGGUAUCACCAUGAUCAUUGCCUUUAUAUCUUUCAACAGUUUGGAUGUUAUGAAACAUGUUUGGGCUUGUAAGAUGCUAGAAUGACAGAAAUGAGUAUAGAAAAUAUGGCACAUAUCAUAUUUUCCUAGACAAAAUGUAUGUACAUGUAAAAGGAGCUCCUUGUUUACACUUUUGUAAUGGAUACCAGUAUCAUGUGGUCUUCUUCAGUCAAACUAAAAAAAGCAUGGUACUUUUAAAAUUCAUAAGGGAAAGAAAUGUGAUAGAUUUUAAUCUAGAUCUUGUAAUGUUAGCGUUCAAACAAUAAUCGAGAGAAAAUAGAAAUAUUGACAAGAUGCACAACAUAUUUUUGUGAACAAAUAGAUGUAUUUAGCAAUUGUUAAAGAACUUAACAUUAUUUUCUUAUAAGUAUCUAACAUGAAAGUAUCCCAGUUAGGAAAUCUGGCAAUGGCCACUACCAAAGACCACUGGAUGAGUGCUAAUUUGACUGUAUCAUAUAUGAACUAUUUUUGAAUGAGAUGUGAUUUUUAUAUGGUAAAGAAAUCAUUGCGUACAUAUGUAGAAAUAUAAUGAUAGUUUGUUAAUUAAUUUUUGCUGCUGUUAGUGGUGAGGGAAUUGCAUCACUUGGAAAUGUACUAGUAAUAUUCUUGCUAAUAUAUGUACGAUCAAACAUUGUUGUCAGAUCUGUAUCAAGAGCUCAUUAUGGGUGCUUUUUGAUUACAGGGGAAUCACAAUACUAUCAUAAUGUUAUAGUUUCAAUACAAACCCUGCUCCCCAAAUUAAUAGCAGGCAGUGGUAUCCAGCCGUAAUAUAGCUCCCGAGUCUCUUCGUA